GAGGCAAUGCGGCCACCGCAGUCUGAGAAUGCAAUGGCGCUCGAUAGUGCUGGGCCUCCUGCUGCUGCGGCUGGGCCUUCACCUCAGUCUCUGGCUUCUGUUCGGCUUCGGGCCCAGCCUGGGCUUUUACCAGAACUUGGUGCCCUUCCGGCUCGGCUUGAGCGUGGUACGACAGGCCGAGGCUCCGACGCGGCAUCGGGCUAGCGGGAAGCCUUCCUGGUUCGACCAGACCUGGGGCAAGCGACGGCCGGCGGGCGGUGACCCGAUGAUGUGUCGGAGGCAGCGCCCCGCCGCCUCCAGCCCGGCCGGGCCCGGCUACAAUUUCUUGGACGGCUUCGGGGAGUACAGCCGCAAGUACAGCGCCUUCCCCGAGCCGCAGCGCCGCCGCAUGAAGGAGGCCGCCCUGCGGAUGUUCUACUUCGGCUACGAGAACUACAUGGAGCACGCCUUCCCCCAGGAUGAGCUGAACCCCAUCGACUGCCGGGGCCGAGGGCCCGACCGCGAUAACCCUUCAAACAUAAACAUUAAUGAUGUCCUUGGGAACUAUUCUUUAACUCUGAUCGAUGCACUUGAUACACUAGCGGUUUUGGGCAAUGCUUCUGAGUUCAAGAGAGCAGUGAAGCUGGUGACUACAACAGUCUCUUUUAAUAAAGAUUCAACUGUGCAAGUCUUUGAGGCAACAAUCAGGAUUUUGGGCAGUUUGCUGUCCGCACAUAUGAUUAUAAUGGACCCUGCUCAACCCUUUGGAAACAUGACCCCAGACGAUUAUGAUGACGAAUUGCUGCACUUGGCUCGUGACUUGGCUGUGAGAUUGCUGCCAGCAUUUGAAAACACCAAAACUGGCAUUCCUCAUCCUAGGGUGAAUCUAAAGAAAGGAGUACCUUCUACUUGCCUUAAUGAAACCUGUACUGCUGGAGCUGGCUCUCUGCUGGUGGAGUUUGGAAUCCUGAGCCGCCUCAUUGGGGAUUCCACAUUUGAAUGGGUAGCUCGCCAAGCUGUAAGAGCCCUUUGGAAACUCAGAAGUGACGAGACUGGACUCCUAGGGAAUGUGGUAAACAUUCAGACUGGACAAUGGGUUGGAAAACAAAGUGGAUUAGGAGCAGGAAUGGAUUCUUUUUAUGAGUACCUUCUGAAAUCCUACAUACUAUUUGGAGAAAAUGAAGAUCUGGAGAUGUUUAAUGCUGCUUAUGAAAGCAUUCGGAAUCAUCUGAGGAGAGGACGCGAAGCUUGUAAUGAGGGAGAGGGAGAUCCUCCGCUCUAUGUUAAUGUGAAUAUGUUUAAUGGCCAGCUAAUGAACACUUGGAUUGAUUCACUACAGGCGUUUUUCCCUGGUCUUCAGGUUUUAACGGGUGAUGUAGAAGAUGCCAUUUGUCUUCAUGCCUUUUAUUAUGCGAUAUGGAAACGCUUUGGAGCUCUUCCAGAGCGGUAUAACUGGCAGCUCCAAGCACCUGAUGUAAUGUUUUAUCCACUAAGGCCUGAAUUAGUUGAAUCCACUUAUCUUCUAUAUCAGGCAACAAAAAACCCUUUCUACUUACAUGUGGGAAUGGAUAUCCUCCAGAGUUUGGAGAAUUACACCAAAGUCAGAUGUGGUUAUGCCACGCUUCACCAUGUGAUAGACAAGUCAAAGGAGGAUCGAAUGGAGAGCUUCUUUCUCAGUGAAACCUGUAAAUAUUUAUAUUUGCUAUUUGAUGAAGACAACCCAUUGCACAGAUCUGGGAGCAAAUAUAUUUUCACAACGGAGGGCCAUAUUUUGCCAGUAGACAAGCUUUUCAGAGAAAAGCUUUGGGAAGAUGUAUCUUCUGAGGAAGAAGGCACUGCCCAUAACUCUGGAGUGCUGGACCACAAACCUGCUAACUCCAGCAUUAAUUGCAACAAAGUCCCCAGUGAGCGGAGAUAUGCACUUCCAUUAAAAGGAGUUUACAUGCAGCAGAUUGACCAGAUGGUGGGCCUUCUUUAAACCAACCUCAGAAAGAAUUCAUCGCUGAAUUGGCAGGGACUUGUUCUUCAACUAUGCAACUUUUUAUUUUGUGUACAAAUAUAUCGACAUUUAUUUAUUAAGAUUUUUACAACCUCUCGAAAGAUUUCUAGACAUGUAAUUUCAUCUCUAAUAGUGAUAUUACAUUUUAUACCUUUGCUUUUAUGCAAGGGUGAUUUUUUUUGUUUGAGUAAGUAAUUUUUGAUGCCUAGUGUCUUCUGUGAAGGCAUAGGAUUAAUUGUUUGACUACAGGGCUCUUCCGGAAAGUAUAAAAUGCAAGACGGCUUAUACUAUGCAUUUAAAUGUGUUUGAAUAUUUGUAUAAUUUACCCCAAAAUGUUUAGUGAUUUGAAAUAAAUUUCAGAAUGCAUAGCUAUACUAGUGCAAGUGCAGCACCUUCAUGGGAACCAUGAAAUGGUGACUGGCCUAUGAAAGACUGUUCACAUGUUUUUGGGUAUUUUUCCAGGAGUCCAGUCUUUGGGUGCAGGGGAUCCAAAUAUCAGGAUGAAAUUGUACUCUCUAGAUUUGCCUAAUGUGCCUUAUGCUUUCAACAAAAGUGGAUCAUGGCAUCCUGUCUGAACAUCAAAUCUGCCUUGACACGCAUGAUGUCUGAUGUACAUGCUUUGCCCGUUAGAUGGUUGGCCGUUUUGGACUGCAGCGCUUAUGAUCAAGUGUGCCUUGUUUGAGUCUAUUCACCAGUGAUAAUUGAUUCAUUUUUGUGAAUGAUUCCUUAUGAUCUGUCUUGUGUAAAUAAUAUAAAAAUGACUCCGUUAUGGUGUUUUGGUCCCAAAACUACAGAAGGGCAGCAAUGUUUGUUGAACUUUGCUCAGUACCUCCUCCACAUUAGUACAGCUCUGUCUGGGGACUCUAAUUGGCAUUCUUUCAUUCCCUGGUAGUUUAUAAUUUUUUUUGUUCCAAUGCAUCAUCUUAAAGUGGUUGCCAUUUAGUUUUGAUGGAGUACACUUCUUUGGGAUAUUUUUAGCACUCUUGGUAGUUUGUAUGUCCUCAGUUAAGACUUCAGCAAUUUCGAUUUUAUAAUCUUGAGCAUGUAUGACUGAAUUCAGUGUCAAGAUACUUUCAGAGCAUCUGUGUCUGAUUUAUAUGAUGUAAGUGAAUCUUCAGAUGGGCAUUUAUUGAAAUGCAUUUCGUGUCUUUGUAUCUGGUGAAUUGGCUUUGGAUAGGGAUGAACAAGUUAGGCUAUUGUGAUGAAAUAUGUAUCGUACUUUUCACCAAAGUGUAGAACAGUUUUUAAUACUGCUUCCCAGACUUUGACUUGGUCGCUUACUCCCUGAUCUACUUUGUAUAUGUAAAUCAGGGCACCCUUUUGCUUUUGUGCAUGCAUUUUUGUUCUUUGAGAAAUUUCAGCAUGGGUUUAAUGCCAUGGAAGUUUCAGCUUUAACCUUUUCCAUAGACUACUGGCUUAGAAUCAAGUUAUUUCGACAGAAGGGAGGAGACAAUGGAAGAAGGAACCCAAUCCAGAGACUGAUUCUGCAGCCUGGACUCUGCCUGCCUGUGCUUAAUAAGCUGGCAAUUGAUAUUCGAAGUGAAAAACACAAAUUCAUAGUUUCAAGAUGACCAUGUGCAUGGACAAAGAAGUCGUAAUGGGGUGCAGAGAUUGGUCAAAGGGAAUAUAACAAACAAUUUUUAAGACAGUUUUAUACGGCACCUUUCACAACCAUCUUUAUCAUUUUAUAACAAAAGGUCCAAAUUUUGCUGAUGCUGCAAGUUGACAUUUUGUGACAGCAUUUUCUCAGACCAAGUGCUUAAGGAGCUGCUUGUGCUUCAUUUAAUCCGCUGUAUUUCCAGUUGUGCAAUAGUGAGUUGCAUUUCAGUAGCUCUUUUUCUCUCUAACUUCCAAAUAGGAGGUGGUAUACAUUAUCUGAACUGAAAUGAGACUUGGAACCAAAAUUAGUGAAAUCAUGUCUCAAACGCGUGGUCUUCUCCAGUACUGCAUGUCUCAUCUAAGGACCUUCAAUUUUUCCUGCUGUACAUAUGAAAUAUUUCUACUUCCAGCUGGAACAAAUCCUAGUUAUUGAUGGUUUCCUCGUUGAAUUGCAGAAAUGUUUGACCCAGAAACUGAAUCGACAUGGAGCUUCAUUUAUUAGAAGGAUGAUUUCACAUUACCUGUAGUUGCCUGUAUCCUUCUGAAAUUACAUGCUGCCAUAUUUGGUUGUGUCUUUUUUGUUUGUCCAGCAGUGUUUGUGUUUUUUUUUUGUUUGUUUGCUGUUUGUGCAGGGUCAACCAAAAUUCAGCCUUUAAUUUCCAAUUUCCUACAGGUUUUGAGUGGUCUGUCUAUUUUCUUCUGUGUGGUUGAGGAAAGAAUGAGCCUGAUCAGGGAACAUGAGAGAUCCAGGUAGUGGGAUCUUCCUUUGGUUAAAUGUGCAAUGAAGGUGCCAAAUGUUGAAGAUUUUAACAUUUUAGGUGAUUUCUGUUUAUAUUACACCUUUUUUAUGUAAUUGACCAAUCUGGGUGUAGUGACCUAGAGGACAUAAGCGCAUUUGAUCUUUUUUUAAAACAAAAACACCUUGGUAAGGUUAAUUGUCAAACUUCAAUUCAUAAGAAACAAAGUAUUUACUCAAAACCUAAAUGUUUAUUAUACAGGACCAUGUUGAACUAGUAAAGUUUACCAAAAUCAAUGUGCAAUAUACUUAUAUAAAAGAGAAUUGUAUGAAAUUUUAUUUUCCCAGAAAUGAGCAGUGGUAUUGAAAUUGUGAAAGGACCAAGCAAAUGUCAAUAAAACAAGUG